AUUUGAAGUCAUCUCCGCCAAACUUCAUCCAGGACACAAGACCAGCUGCCAUAAUGGACGGAUUUGACGAGGAGGCAUUCAAGAAGUUCUUUCCGACUAGCUUUGGCAAGCAAGAAAAGAAAACCGAUGUCAGCUCGCAGAUUGAUCGCACCAAGCGCGCAGAAGUCUCUGUGAACCCUGAUGGCGACGACAAAAAAGCGGGUAUAACAGGAGAGGCGACGACUGAGGCGACGCCCGCGGCGGAGGAAGAGAACCAGAAAAACGAUUCAGAGAGUGAUGAUGGAAGCGACGACUCCGAUGACGAUUCCGACGAUGAGGAUGAGUUCCCGGUGUCUCAUGAACUCGUUCUCAAGACACACGACCGCGCAGUGACUACGUUGACCGUGGAUCCCGCAGGUUCGCGACUGAUCACCGGCUCGACCGAUUGUACUAUAAAGCUACACGACUUUGCGUCGAUGACCCCGUCGACCAUACGCGCAUUCAAAUCCGUCGAUCCUUCAGCCAAAAAGCAGUCUGCUGCGCAGGAGGCGCAUGCCGUGCAUUAUGCAGCUUUCAAUCCCUUGUCCCCCAGCUACGUCAUGGUUGUUUCGGCCACACCCCAGCCAAGGAUUUUGAGCCGCGAUGGUGAUACGAUUACCGAAUUUGUGAAGGGUGAUAUGUAUUUGAGGGAUCUCCAUAACACCAAGGGUCAUAUCUCUGAGGUGACUGGCGGCGUGUGGUGUCCAACCGACGAGAAUCUCUGUGCCACGGCAGGAACAGAUAGUACUGUGCGCAUCUGGGAUGCCAAUGUCGGUCGGUCACAGAAGGAGGUUAUUGUGCACAAAUCAAAGAUGGCGGGUUCCGCUGGUCGGAGCAAAAUGACCGCUGUCGCAUGGGGUUCACCCAAGCAGGGUGGCCCUAAUGUUCUCGUUGCUGCUGCGCUCGAUGGUAGUUUGCUCAUGUGGAGCGGAAAUGGGCCGUACACUCGGCCAAGCGCAGAGAUUAGAGAUGCCCAUACCAAGGACACUUGGACGAGUGGCAUCGACAUCAGCUCGGAUGGACGGCUUGUUAUUACCAAGGGCGGAGAUGACACUAUUAAGCUAUGGGAUACUAGAAAGUUCAAGCAACCUAUCACCACGGUCGCCCAUCCUUCCAGCACGCGGUAUCCGUCGUCGAAUAUUAUAUUCUCGCCUACAUCCGCUAAUGUUCUCACGGGCUCGGAAACUGGACACCUGCAUAUCUUGAACCCAGCUACAUUGAAACCGGAACUGGUCACGCCCGUUACGCCAGGAUCGCCCGUUAUCAGUGUUUUGUGGCAUGAGAAGAUGAACCAGAUCAUUACCGGCUCGGCCAACGCCGAAACUCAUGUUCUUUACAAUCCUAAUAUGUCUACCAAGGGUGCCGCCUUGAUCAUGUCCAAGGCACCGAAACGUCGACACAUCGAUGAUGACCCAAGCCUUACCAUGGACCUCACCCAGGGGAUUUCUGGCGACUCUGUGGUUGUCGGGUCCAACGGGGUGCCUCAUUACAGUUCAUCCACCUGGUCCGCCCGGCACCCGACCAUCGGACUCACGGCGUCAGGCCGUCCAAGAGAUCCACGGAGACCCCAUCUACCAGCACAAACACCCUUUGCGAAAUCGCAGCCGGAUGAGAAGCAUAUUCGCGAGAACAUUCCUCUCAGUUCGAUGCGGGAUGAGGAUCCCCGGGAAGCUCUGCUUAAGUAUGCGGACAAGGCUGAGAAGGACCCAAUCUUCACCAAGGCGUGGAAGGAGACGCAGCCCACGCCGAUCUACCGGGAUAUUAGCGAUGAUGAGAACGAGCAGGGGCCGGAUAAGAAGCGGGCAAAGCGGUGAGGUGUUGCGACCGAUCGGAAAUUAUCAAAAUCGGUUCCAUUCGCUCUCUGCCAUGAUUCAGGACAUGUACACAGUAUACUUUUGGAGCAAGGGCGGCGUUGAGCGUGAUGAACUUUCGUGGCAGAUAAAGUGGGUUAAUAAUCAUCCGCCCUCUAAACGGAGUUAGACAAACAACAGAGAUACCCU